UUUCACCACCACCACACAAAAACCACUGAAAGCAAAUAUGGCUAAGCCUGAGAAAGUGAAACCUUUCCAUGCCAUUCAUCAUCUAUGGCUUUUCUUCCUUCUUCUCUCAGAACCCUUUUCCACAUCUCAUCUCAACGUUCUCUUCCUAAUUCCUUUCACAACUCCAUCACUCUUGCAUCAUCUUUCAAUCCACUGACUCAUUCAAAGCAGCACCUGAACCACAGAGGCUGCAACUCCAAGCUCUUGGCUAUUUCUUACAGGUAUUUCAUUGAAGAAGAAGAAGAAGAUGAUGAUGAAAACAACAACUUUGAUGAAGCAGUGGCUCUCUUCAAUGGAGGAGAGUACUACAAAUGCCAUGACUAUCUUGAAGCCCUUUGGCUCAAUGCUGAAGAGCCCACCAGAACUCUCAUUCAUGGAAUACUGCAAUGUGCCGUGGGUUUCCACCACCUCUUCAACCAGAACCACAGAGGAGCCAUGAUGCAAUUGGGGGAAGGACUAUGUAAACUGAGAAAGAUGGAAUUCUCAAAUGGGCCGUUUCAAAAGUUUGAGAAAGACAUUUCAGCUGUUCUAGAUUUUAUCUACCAGACUCAGAUAGAAUUAGCUGCAUGUAGUGAGGAUAUGUGUGUUGCAAUGGAUCGAUCAGAAAGGUCUUACCAACUUCUAGGGGAAUAUGCUUCAGGGCAGCGUGUGUAUGAUCUAGAACUUUGUAGUGAUGCAUCAGUGUACAUUGUGUUCUGCCCUCAAGGCUCUAAUAAUGGUGGUGCCACCGAAGCCCCAAGGGUGAAGCUUCCAACGCUUAAGGCUACCACAGAACAUCUUGUGGCCUAUGAAUAAAAGUGAACAUCAUUUAAGGCCAAAGACCAAUGCUAUAGAUAAAACCACAUGCAAAAUUUGUUCUUGUGCAGUUGUCACAUAAUAGAACCCUAAUUAAAUUAAAAGCAGUAACAAAUCACAAUAUGUCAAACCUUAUGUUUUGCAAUGAUUUCAUAAAGGAUUUUUGUCAACACGAGUGAAGAUACUCAACACCCUAGACUGCACAAAAUGUGUAUUUGUGUAUUUAUGCAGUCUGGAAACAGACUGAAGAGGGGAGUUUAGGGUGGGUUUGGGAUAACUGUAAAAUUUAAUUAUUUCAAUAAUCAAUUAUAUAUUUAUAAUUUAUUAUUGUUAUAAUUGGUUAUAAUCAUAACAUUUUCGGGAAUUUCUGCCCAUUUUUCUUA